AAACCCACUUUAAAAAAAAAGAAAAAGAAAAAAGAGGACGGUUUGGAAUCUUCUUCAAAAGCCAACCCUAGCCUUCUCUCUCUUUUAAAGCUGGAAACAUGCCAAGAAGAAGGAAGAGGGCUGCAGAACAGAAAACAAAAAAAGGGAAAGAUUUCCUGCACCAGCCUCGUGCCCCUGCAGCAACCUCGCGCCCUGCACCGGCCUUGCGUCACGUCCCCUGCUGGUUGCAAUCCUCUGCACCAGCCCAGCCCGCGCCUGCUCAAGAAACAAACAAAAAAAAAGAAGGGCUUUUGUCCUUUGCUUUUCCCUGCAGAAAUCAGCAGCUGGGGGUUCAAAAUUUUGGCGAAUCAAUGUUAAAAAAAAAAAAAGAAAGGGGUAGGAUUGGAAUGCUAGAAAAAGGAGGAUCUCUGCCCGGGUAUAAAUAGAGAGUUUUAGGUUAGGAGUGGGGGUUCUCUUGGUGGUUCUUUUUGGUCUGAGUUUGGGAUUGCCAGAGGUGAUAACAAGAGAAAGGAGAAAACCGAGCUGAUUCCGGCAAGAUUCCAGCAAGAUUCCGGCAAUAUUUCAGCCUCCUUUUGCUAGGUAAUUCCUGAACAGAGGAGCCUUCUAGGAAUGAUGGUGAAGGAGACGAUAGGAGCCUGGUCCCGUGGGUGGGAUCCCUCCCAUCUGAUCUGGAUCCAUCUUACCCAAAAGGCUCUGCCGUGGAUGUUUUCUUAUUUUGGUUGAUGUUUUUGCAUCUUUUUGUUUAAUGUUCAAGCUUGUACAUGUUCCGUUUUUUUUGUUUCCAUUGUGAUUUGCGUGCUAAGUGUAUUUGGUUUGCUUACCUGGCUGGGGGUCUCAUUUGAGUCCUUUGCUGGUGUUUGAUUGAAUUGCUUUGCUGCUCGUUGUGUUUUGGAUCUGUUGUUUCUUUUUUCUGAAUGAAGUUUUUUUUUUUUGUUGUGUUUGCACGGUACAGUUUUUUUUUGUGUUUGUGGUGUUGGCACUCUUUUCUCUUUUUUGUUUUUUUGCAUGGCUUUCAUUUUUUUUUUCAUCUUGCCUUUUUUUUUAAUCUUUUCUUCUUUUUUUAUCUUUUUGUUUUCUUUCUUUUUGUUGUUUUCAUUGUUUAAGGAAGAAUUGUUAAGUAAUCAUAAAGUUAGUAUAUUUUG